AUGAAACGAGAACGAGAAUUCAUAGAAGUCUCAGACGACGAAUGGUCCCUUCACUCCGAUUCCUUUAAACCCUCUCGCGUCCUCAAUCCCCAAUCCAAGCCUCCUCCUAUUGAAUCAUUCGCUUACACCAAUAAUAAUACUAGUACCAGCAACAACAACAACAACAACCAUAAUUAUAAUCCUAAUGGUAUUGAUGAUUCAAUUUGCAUUUUAGACAGUUCAUCUUCAGAGGAGGGAAAUCAAAAUGUUGCUGACAACUUGGAGGAUGAAGAUGUUUACCUGGAGGUCAGUAAGCCUUCAACAACGGUUAAUCGUGGCCGUCGAUUUGUGAUUGAGGAUGAUGAAGAUGAGGAGGAAGAAGUAGCUGUGGAUGCAGUCGGGCUAGAUGAUUUUGAUGAUGGUUCUGAUUUUUCCGGGUUUGAGGAAGAGGAGCAGAACCUAGACGAGGCCGAUGAUGACGUCGUCAAGAAGGCGCUACGCAAGUGUGGCAAGAUAUCGGCGGAGCUCAAGGAGGAGUUGUACGGUACAAGUGCUGCACAGUUCGAUCACUACUCUGAAGUCGAGGAGGCCUCUGCUGUAAAAAUUGUCACUCAGGGUGAUGUAAACGAGGCGUGUGGGGCUGAUCAUUCAGACCCGAUGCUAAAGCCCUACCAACUUGUUGGAGUCAACUUUCUUCUUCUGCUGUACAGAAAGAAAAUUGCUGGAGCUAUAUUGGCAGAUGAGAUGGGUCUUGGUAAGACUGUUCAGGCCAUAACAUAUCUGGCCCUGCUGAAGCACUUGGAAGAUGACCCUGGUCCCCAUUUGAUAGUAUGUCCUGCAUCUGUUUUGGAGAAUUGGGAAAGAGAGCUAAAAAAGUGGAUUCCAUCCUUCACCACACUCCAAUAUCAUGGUGCUUCACGAUCAGCUUACUCAAAGGAGCUGAGCUCAAUGUCCAAGGCUGGAUUGCCACCUCCGUUCAAUGUCAUUCUUGUGUGCUACUCGCUUUUUGAACGUCACAGUGCACAGCAGAAAGAUGACCGCAAAAUUCUGAAACGUUGGCGGUGGAGUUGUGUGAUAAUGGAUGAGGCUCAUGCUUUAAAGGAUAAGAACAGCUACAGAUGGAAAAAUCUCAUGACAGUUGCACGAAAUGCAAAUCAACGUCUGAUGCUUACUGGGACACCUCUGCAGAACGAUUUGCAUGAGCUAUGGUCAAUGCUGGAGUUUAUGAUGCCUGAUCUCUUCGAAACAGGAGAUGUUGACUUAAGAAAGCUUUUAAAUGCCGAAGACAUGGAUUUAAUAGCUCGAAUGAAAUCCAUCUUGGGACCAUUUAUCCUCAGAAGGUUAAAAUCGAAUGUCAUGCAGCAAUUAGUCCCAAAGAUGCAGAUGAUUGAGUAUGUACACAUGGAAAGAGCACAAGAAGACGCUUACACAGAAGCAAUUGAAAAUUAUCGUGUAGCAUCUCAAACUCGUAUCUCAAAGUCUUCAAGAAUGAACUCCAAUAAUGUCGCUGGUGUACUUCCUCGGCGUCAGAUUUCCAAUUAUUUUCUUCAAUUUCGUAAGAUUGCAAAUCAUCCAUUGUUGGUGAGACGCAUUUUCACAGAUGAUGAUGUUGUCUGUUUUGCUAAAAUGUUGCAUCCAAAAGGUGUGUUUGGCUUCGAGUGUACAAUGGAAAGAGUAAUUGAGGAGCUUAAGAGUUACAAUGACUUCUCUAUUCACCGGCUUUUACUAUAUUAUGGAGACACUGGUAUGAAGGGAAUGCUCUCUGAUGAACAUGUUAUGAUUUCAGCAAAAUGUCGGGCAUUAGCGGAACUUCUUCCCAAGCUAAAGCUUUCUGGACAUCGGGUUCUUAUUUUUAGCCAGUGGACAUCAAUGCUUGAUAUAUUGGAGUGGACCUUGGAUGUAAUUGGGGUCACUUACAGGCGCCUUGAUGGAAGUACGCAGGUAACGGAGAGGCAGACAAUUGUCGAUACCUUCAAUAAGGAUGCUUCAAUAUUUGCAUGCUUGCUGUCUACAAGAGCUGGAGGACAAGGAUUGAACUUGACCGGAGCUGAUACUGUCAUAAUUCACGACAUGGAUUUUAACCCACAGAUUGACAGACAGGCUGAAGAUCGCUGUCAUCGCAUUGGGCAAACCAAACCUGUUACAGUAUACAGGCUGGUGACGAAAGAUACCGUUGACGAGAAUAUUUACGAGAUUGCAAAACGAAAGCUGACAUUGGAUGCUGCUGUCCUCGAGUCUGGAGCAGAAGUUGACAACGAAGGUCAGAUGCCUGAUAAGACUAUGGCAGAAAUAUUAUCGUCAUUGUUGAUGCAUUGA